CUAAAACGAUCGGGAUUGGAUCGGGAGCAAAAAAACAUGAUCGGAACAACUCUAUUUACAACAUUUCUGUUAGGUCUAAACUCACUUUUGUAAUUAAUUAAAGACCCAGAAAAGGACGGGAGAAGGAUCAGACCAGGAACGGAGAUAUGCUGACGGCCGUCAGGAGAAAGGUUGAUGCGAGUGGCUCACAACAAGCUUAUCUGCCUUUCCCCUGAGGAGCGCAGACUUUUAUUGACAAAGUGAGAAAGUUUCAACAUACAUGUGUGAGUUUCACAUCUUGAGAAAUAGCUGUUAUCUUGAGAAAAGAAUGCGGGCAGUUAUUUGUCUUGUCUCAUUGUGUUGAAACUUUAUGGUCAGCAAUAGAAAUCUAAAACAGGAAAUCUGCCCCUCUGGGUCAUGCUGGCAUCUGUCCUUCAGUUGAAUGUGACCUUCCGCGACACAUUCUUUCUUUUGUAAGGCCUUAAGACUGUUAAAUAAGACUGUAGUUAAAACUAUUAGUUUUAAACACACAUUAUUAACCUUAGCACACAAAAGCAUUAAAGCACAUCUUACAAUUUCUCACAGUUUAAUUAACGUUAAUAGUAGAAAACACAAACAGAAGGACACUUCUGUCUAAGCAGCUUCCUACUCGAGUGUUGCAGGUUAUUAAGUUCACACAGUUUAAUGUUAUGCUAACUCUAAUGCAGGUUGGACUUUCAGAAACAAAAUUAGUCGUGUGCUUCACACCUCCAUAACAUUGGCGUAUUUUUAAAAUACUUACAGUGGCUGCUGCUGGCUGAAAAAAAUUUUCUAAUAUCCCUAGUCUUUGAAGGAGGCGGCAUGUUGUCGACAUGUAUUUCUGUUGGGGCCAUGUGAGUGUGAGCAUGCGUGUGUGUGUCGGGGGUGGGUCAAGCCAUCACUCAUCAGCCGUGUGUUUGAGGGGGAAAAAUGGACAGGCGCAUUCAGCAAGUGAAAAGGGGUUGUUUGAACAUAAUGAAAAUUCACUUAAUAACGGUAGGGUCCAUUCUUUCUUUACAACAUGGGAAGACAAUCUAAAUUACCUGUAUAACUGAACUCAUUAUAACAAUUUGAGCAUCUUGAAAGGUUGGUAGUGUUAUGUCCCUACAGUCCCUAUGCAAACCUGCGCCCUUGGUUGAAGCACUAGUUUUAACUUUCAGUGCCAUUCACGAUGAUCUACUACCAAUCAUCCAUCUGCUGAUAAUUCAAAUGAGUUUAUCACUAGUAGUCGUCCAAUCCAUUUAAAUUGACUGCGUUAAUUAGCUGCCAACCCUUCCACUUCAAAUACAAAUAGAUUGGACGUCUAGUGCCGUCAAUGGCUGUCAGUGAGUUAAAAAUCAACAAAAAAGAGGAAAAUAAAUAUUCACUAUACAGUACAUUUUUAUCUCAUAUGAUGCUCUUCUCUUGGCAGUCACAAUUUUGUAGGGGAGACCUCCAAUCCAUUUGAACUGGAAUGACUGCCAGAAAAACAAAAAAAGUCCUCCCACUAUCUUCCUCCCUGCAUUUAAUUACACUGCCUCCAAUUGGUCCCGACUUCUGAAGCCUUUAGCCAAUGAGGGCCCUCCUCCCUGUAUGUGGGGGUGUGUGUGUGUGUGUGUGUGUAUGUGUGUGAGUACCUGUUGUUUGUUGAUGAAGACGGGCGGACCCGGUUUAAAACCUGAUUCAGGUCCCUGCGAGGGCCAGUUUGUCUUGAGGACGCCGAGCAUCACACAAAGGCUCUUGGUGUUCCGCAAGAGUCCAUCUCGGACCUCUGUUAACACUCGUCGCCAAGGCAACUACAGGAGCAAAGACGAGUCAUGGCUGGCCCGAGGAGGAGCGCCGGCUUCGCCGCCCUGCUGGUUGCCGGCACGCUCGCCGCCGUUGUCAUCGUGAUGCCAACUGAUGUUUCCGCUGGACCGGUUGCUGGCAAGACUGGAACAAACGUGGCAGAAAGCCUCCGGGAGAAGGCGGCGGCGGGGGCGGACCAACGGAGGCUGAUCCGCAACCGCAGAAACAUCAGUUGGUACAAGCAACACUCAGACUUCUGGAACUGGUACAAGUACUUCACCGAUAACGGCAACCAGGAGGCGGUUCAGGAGCUGGACCGCAUCUACCUGUCCUACCUCCAGAACAAGAACCGCGCCGAGGGCCGUCGUUCAUACAAGGCAUACUUGCGCCACCUGGGAGAGAUCUACAAGUCGUGCGCCGACUCUGACGACCCCAACUGCGUGGCCUCAUACACCAGCAGGCCGAAGCCCGAGCCCCCCAAGCCGGCGCCCCUCAAAAGCUGCGACCCAACCAAGGACCCCUACUGCCUUUACGCAGCCAUGAGAGCCGGAAAGAGCCCCUACCUACCACUGGUUCUGCCCGCUGCCCCUGCUCCGCCCCCUGCCCCCGUGAAGUCACCCGCUCCUCUAUUUGCACGCUCCGCUGCCCCAGCCAAAGAUCCUCAGGCGGGUUACUACUACUAUGCACCGUCGGCAGUUUCUUUCCUCUCUAAGGAGCAGAAGGCGGAGCUUCUUCGCAUCUGCAAUGCCGAAGACGUAGAGUGUCUUCAGUACCACCUGCGAGCCGCCUACGGGUACUCGCCCUCUGCUGGGAGCCCACCGGCGGCGCUAGCCCACCUCGGUUGCGACCCCAAGGUGGACCCGACCUGCAAACCCCAGCCGGUUCGGAAGGCCCCCUCCGGCCUUUACUUGCAGUACCCCACCUGCGACCCCCUCAGGGACCCGUACUGCGCCUAUGCCGCCUCCUUAGUGGCGCCCCGGGCCCCCAACCCUCCGGCACCAGCCGGCCCCGGAUCCUGCAACCCCAUUUUCGAGGACGGUUGCAACCCGCUGACGGCCACCAAAUACGCCACGCCCCCUGAGGCGUACACGCAGAAACAAAGCGAGGAGGCAGCCGCCCUCCGUGCACCCCCUCCCGCAGCCGACCACUACAAUGACCCCUACGGCAUGUACAGAGACGCGAACAGAGUCACCGACCCUUACGCCGCGUACCGCCAGGCAAGCCCCCCACCUGCUAAUGACCAUUACGCGAUGUUGCGCCGCUUCAUGACGCUUGCGCAAAGCGACCCGUACGCACCCCGCGCGGAAGCCACCCCCGAGUCUAACGAUCCCUACUCCGCCAUGCGAGAUGCCACAAUGCGACACCGCGCCCCUUCGCCGUUCUCUCCACCUACUUAUGAGGAGACCUCCCGGGAGGAGCGCCACCCCCUGGGACCACCCGGUAAAACCAAAGAGGGCUACGACUGCUUUAUCGGCUACGACCGCGAGUGCUUCCCGUUGCGACAGUCGGAGCCUCGUUCGGGCGCGCACCGCCGCGUUCCCUACCCUGCCGAGGCCUACGAGCCCCACCUGAAGGCCGACGGCACCCGCGACGGCGUGAUGGAGCCGGCUGACCCGCACUGCGACCCCGAAUACGACCGUGACUGCCGCUUACGCCGCUUUGAAGCCGAGCAGCUGGAAGCGACGCCGGAACCGCCCCCCGCCGACGACGGGCGGGACCUUUACGAGGCGGAACUCGCCCAGAGCGGUCACGAAGAGCCCCGCGUGUCCAACCAGCCGCCGCCCCCACAGGGGAUGCCCAGCCUCCAGGACAUACUGCAGCGCUACGGCGACCAGUUCCCCGAGCACGAUGACUACCGCAAGAAAUAAAGCGCAAUGUGCAGACUUGAAAGACAAACACCCUGAAAGCUUCCACCCAUUUACAGACGCCAGUCAAAACCAGCAUGUAUUUGCCACAUUUUAUCACCGUUUAUCAGCUCCGCCCACUCACCCGGAACCAAUCAUGUCAUUUUUUUUUCCCAAUUUGAACGUUCCAAUAAAAAAACUCUCGAAAGCUCCAUAUAGUCCUGUUUCUUUUGUUUCCGCGGGAGUUGCGCAUUUCCCUCAGAGUGCCAUCA